UGGCUCAUCGAUAAUUCUACGCUCGGCCUCGGCCUCCAUCGACUCGCUCCAGCUCCGCUCCCCAGUCCUGGACCGCGGCGGAGCGCAGAGCCGCAUGUAAGAUGCUCUGACCUCUGACCCAUUGUUGAUCAUAUCUCUGGCCCGGGCCUUCCAAGCAGCCGCACCAUGAACACAUCCCCAGGCACGGUGGGCAGUGACCCAGUCAUCUUGGCCACAGCGGGCUAUGACCACACGGUGCGGUUCUGGCAGGCCCACAGCGGGAUCUGCACCCGCACUGUGCAGCACCAGGACUCUCAGGUGAAUGCGCUCGAGAUCACGCCUGACCGCAGCAUGAUUGCUGCUGCAGGUUACCAGCACAUUCGCAUGUAUGAUCUCAACUCCAAUAACCCCAACCCCAUCAUCAGCUAUGACGGGGUCAACAAGAACAUCGCGUCUGUGGGCUUCCAUGAGGAUGGCCGCUGGAUGUACACGGGUGGGGAGGACUGUACUGCUCGGAUCUGGGACCUCAGGUCCCGGAACCUGCAGUGUCAGCGGAUCUUCCAGGUGAAUGCGCCCAUUAACUGCGUGUGCCUGCACCCCAACCAGGCAGAACUCAUUGUGGGUGACCAGAGCGGAGCCAUCCACAUUUGGGACUUGAAGACUGACCACAACGAGCAGCUGAUCCCUGAAGCCGAGGUCUCCAUCACAUCUGCCCACAUCGACCCUGAUGCCAGCUACAUGGCCGCAGUCAAUAGUACUGGGAAUUGCUAUGUCUGGAAUCUGACCGGGGGCAUUGGCGAUGAGGUGACACAGCUCAUCCCCAAGACCAAGAUCCCAGCGCACACCCGCUAUGCCUUGCAGUGCCGCUUCAGCCCUGACUCCACGCUCCUUGCCACCUGCUCUGCUGACCAGACGUGCAAGAUUUGGAGGACAUCCAACUUCUCUCUGAUGACAGAGCUGAGCAUCAAGAGCAGCAACCCCGGAGAGUCAUCCCGAGGCUGGAUGUGGGGCUGCGCCUUCUCAGGGGACUCCCAGUACAUCGUCACUGCCUCCUCUGACAACCUGGCCCGGCUCUGGUGCGUGGAGACAGGAGAGAUCAAGAGAGAGUACGGCGGCCACCAGAAAGCUGUCGUCUGCCUGGCCUUCAACGACAGCGUGCUGGGCUAGCCUAUGCCUCCUCAGGAUUGCAGGCAGCCUUCUGGGUGCACCGGCUGCAUGUGCCUGUUCAGCUGCCCAGGUCAGAGUGAACCCCUAUGGGCUAGCCUCUACCAGCCUAGGCUCCUGGACCUGACUGACCUUCCCUGGCCCUCUCAGCCAGCCUAGACUGGCCAGGCUCGUCCACUCUGGGGCUCUCUUGGCGCCCAGUGGCUUAUCUUGGUGUGAAAGAGCUCAGGAGACCUCCCUGAGCCAGCCUGCCCUCCCCUCGGAAAUGCUGGACCCACACGGCCUAGAGCCGCUGAGGGGGACCUGAGGCUGGCGCCCACGCCCAAGCCAGUGCUUCCCCCUGCCCCACCCUGCCCGUUUCAUGUCCCGAGGCCACAGACAGCACCAUCAUGGCCAGGUGGAGGGGUUUAUUAGCCCCGCCAGCAGCUGCCCUCUGUGGUGCUGGUGAUGGGGCCCACCAGCUGGCUGGCCUGUGGGGCUGGGCCAGGCUAGGGGCUCAGUCUGGGAGAUAAUAAAAGCAGACGGAGAUACA